AUGGACGCCCGGACCCAAGCGUCCGAAACCCAGCAUUCUUACCCCCCAAGCCCGUGGACGUCAACACCGACGACUCCAAACGGGCUGACGGCGCACCUCCCAGACGGGUCCCAGGACUCUGCCUCUGCUGCCGCGGUCAACAAUCUACAGUUUACUCCCCACAUCGGCUUCCUCCCGUUCAUCUUCCCGCAGCAGUCCGUAUAUCAGGCCCAGCUUCUCCAUUACAAUAAACUCAUCUCCCCGGCAAGAGGAGGUGGCCUACAGUCCGCGCCACUUCCUCCCAUCGUGUCCGUUCCUCACGUCCAGGCCACGCCAAGGUCGCGAUCUUCUAGCAAAGCAUCGCUCAGGGAUAGUGCCACCACCGCCAAGGGGAGCGCAACUGGAGGCCAUGGGAGCCGCGCACAUCAGGGCUCAGACAAGAACCGCCCGGUUAUAACGUCCAAAGAGGUCCCGCCCAAGAUGCCUGCAAAGCUGGCGGCCGACUUGCCCAAAAACUUGCCUCAUCGAGCGAUAGCCAGGUCCUCAUCGCCCCACGGACUCUCCCACUCUAGCUCCGUGCCUUCUACACCCCAUCAGCAUGCCCGCCAGUUCUCCUUUGAGUCCCGGGAGCCAUCCCCCAAUGCCGGCAACAACCACUCGCCGCGCUCAGCCUACUCCGAAACCAACAGCGCACUGCCCUCGUUGCGGCCGCUACCCCCGCGAUUAGGGGGUUGCAAAUACGAGACCGCGCAGGUAAACUCGAGAAGAAGGAUACCCUACUCGGUCGGAAGCGAGCGCCUGGAAAAGCUGGAUCUGCGCAAUGUCAAAAGCAAGCUGUCGGAGAGCGAAGAGAAGCAGUUGGCUGCAGAUAUGAAUGAAAUCUAUAACAAGCUAUUGCCUACAGAAAAGGUUGAGGAAAAUAGGAGGAAGCUGGUGAAUAAGCUGGAGACGAUAUUCAACACCGAGUGGCCAGGGCAUGACAUCAAGGUGCACCUGUUUGGAUCGUCUGGUAAUCUUCUAUGUUCGGACGACUCUGAUGUUGACAUUUGCAUCACAACAUCAUGGCACGAGAUGGAGGAUGUUUGCAUGAUAGCCGACCUUCUCGCUCGACGGGGCAUGGAAAAGGUUGUCUGCAUUUCUGCAGCCAAGGUUCCCAUUGUGAAGAUUUGGGAUCCCGAGCUCGGCCUUGCUUGUGACAUGAACGUCAACAAUACGUUGGCGCUGGAGAACACUCGCAUGGUGCGCACAUACGUCGAAGCUGACCCGCGUGUGCGAAUGUUGGCAAUGAUCCUGAAGCACUGGACGCGGAGGAGAAUUGUCAACGAUGCCGCUUUUGGAGGUACUCUGAGUUCCUACACUUGGAUAUGUCUCAUCAUUGUGUUUUUGCAGCUGAGGAACCCUCCUGUUUUGCCAGCGCUGCACCAGUUGCCGCACAAGACUACCAAACCUGAUGGAACCGUCAGCGACUUUGCUGAUAACCUCAAGAAGAUCAAGGGGUUUGGUAGCAAGAACAAGUCAAGCGAGGCAGAGCUUCUCUUCCAAUUCUUUCGAUUCUAUGCUCACGAAUUCGACUACGACAAGCACGUCCUCUCCGUGCGUCAGGGCAAGCUAAUCACGAAGCCAGAGAAAAAGUGGCAUUAUGCUAUGAACAAUCAGCUUUGCGUAGAGGAGCCGUUCAACACGUCUCGCAAUCUUGGCAAUACGGCAGACGAAUACUCGUUCCGCGGUCUUCACCUGGAGCUCCGAAGAGCAUUCGAUUUGAUCUCCGCUGCCAAGCUCGAAGAGGCCUGUGAGCAGUACGUGUAUCCAAAGGAGGAAGAGAGGGUUUGGUCUCGGCCGGCCCCGCAGUCCCGACCCGUACUGCUGCGCAGCUCCUCGCAAUCCAAUUCUGGGGGGCGAGGUGGUCGUGGUGGCCAUCGCGGCGGCCGGCAUAGCAAUAACUACCACCGUAAUGGAGGCUCUAAUAAUAGGAGAGCGUCGUCAACCACGCCCAACUACGACCCCAGUAUGUUUGUUCAGCCCGUCAACAUGACGCAAGACAUGUGGUUCGCAGCCAACAACCAGUACCCGUUUCCGUUUGCUCAGCAGGACUUGAUGCAGAUGGCGGCUUACCAAGAUGCCAUGCGCCAGCAGCUGCAGCACCUUUAUGCGCAGCAGACGCCGGCGUUCAUGGCUCAUCAAGCCAUGGGCCAGCAGAGGAUGUCCCCCAAUACCGGUUCAUCUAACCAGCAGACGGCCACCGAUCGGUCUCGAACAAACUCGUUUGACAACGCACCCAUCAACACUACGAUGCGGCCUGAACUGUACGCCCUCUACGGCAUGGGCAUCAAUCAACAAUUUUACGCGCAGACGGCAACGGGCUAUGGAACUUAUCCCUCUUCGCCGGUAACGUCCAACGGCAUGGGGCAAGAGUUCCGUCGCCCUUUACAGAGGUCCAACGUUGCAUCGGAUACCGGUCUCUCGGCUUCAUCUAGCUCGUUGAGAUCGCAGUCCCAGCCUCCUUCGCGAUCGCCAUCUGGAGCACACAGUCGGGCGGCUUAUACCCCUGGGACCGGCCCUUCAAGUGCACCAGGCUAUGCUCCGAGACAAAUGAACGGCGUGCCCAUUCCCAGCUUCGUCUCCGACGAUGCCGAUCUUGACGAUCGAUCCAAGGCCGCCUCUGUCUCGCCGCAGUCCGAUGAGGGCAGGUCAAACGGGCUCCUGGGAUCACGGAGCUCGGGUCUUGGCCAGCCACAACUCCCCCAGAACCAUAGCCCUACUGCAAACGGCCUUGCCUUUGGAGAUGUUGUCAAUCAGUCAUCCAGUCCCAGGCGUCGUCGGCUGUCUACGGAUCAGCUGCCCCAAACCAUUCUGGACAGGAGGAUGAGGAGAACGUCGCGGUCACCCUCGCCACUCGACCACAGUCGGGCCAUGGCAACCGGGACGACUGCUUCGUCGCCCCUCGCCUCGGCUCCGUUCCCGGGUGUCGGUCAGGCUCAGAAUAAGAACUUGGCGAGACCUGUGGUUGUAAAUGGAUCCGGGCUCAAGACUAGCAUGCUUGCUGCAUCAAAUCAGGCGCAAAAAGAGCCCCCGGCAUCUGAGGAAUGUGGCACUGCAAAGAUUGAUAACGCGCUGCAUAUCAAUUCGACGCCGUCAACGAAGAAUACGAAUGCUGCGGGCACGUCAAAUGGCCAACUGAUGCCAUCGCUUGCACCCGCUCCCCCCUUGCCUGCGGUGGCGGCGGAUCGUCCUCCAGUUAUUGUCAACGGCACCAAUGCUAAGCCGGCAGUUCCCUCUACUGAAGAUGCCUCGUUCAGGGAUAGGGUCGCAAUGAUGAAUUCGUAUCAAGCAGGUUCAUUUGGGAUGACGCAGGAUAUUCUGCAAGCCAACGAAAUGGCACAGCUGCCACUUCAAGCGAAACAGCGCCUCAUGUCCAGGCAGGCUCAGAAUGGCGUUAUUGCCCCCUUGGACCUUGCCAUAGCCGACCACCGUAAAGGCUUGGGUGUCGAGCAGGCCCAUCUGUCGCCAGUUUACGAGGCGCAGACAUCGUCUCCGACAAUGCUGCGAAAGCCAGAUGUGCCCGCACCCGUCGCCGGCAAGACUGCUCGUGAAAAGGCAGAUGCCAAGGCAACGCGCGACGAGACGGCCAAGCCUGCGCCCAGGGCAGAGGACAAGCUUCAGCCAGCCCCGGAGGCUCAGAAGCAGUCCAAGACGCAGAAGUCGGCUAGCCAGAACCAGCGUAACAAUGCGCCACGGGAGAAUGGCGGUCAUGUGCGGAGUGCCAAGAGCGAGAGUGAUAGCAGCUGGCAGAGGGCUGGUGGUAAAGGGAAGAAGAAGGGAUCGAGUGGGCUUGCGCCAAACUCACACCCGGAGCAGUUACCAAAGAGCGAAUCGGAGCGAAAGGGAGGUUGA